AGAUGUUGCUCACUCAAGGUCUCAAUUGAAAUGAAAAGUGAAAGUAUUUUCCUCCUCGGCAUCAUUUCAAGACAAACGCGCAGAACUACACAGCGAUGCUACAGCUGGUCAUUUCAGAUUACAGGAGUGCACAGAUAUACUGAAGACAGCAGAUGGAUGUCUCUAAUUAUGAAGACAAAGGAGGAACUGUGGGGCCUCAUAAUGCUAAGGUCUCUAAAAUCAGUAUCACUGCCCAGAAUAGAAGCAGUAUUUCAGCACCUGUGAUAUUGAACUCAACAGUCACUGGAAAUAUUAACAUUGCUAAUAAUUACUUCACAGGACCUGGAGCUGAAGUCACAGGGCCUGGAACUCAAAUCAUGGAUACAAGCACAUUGAUCACAGAAUACAAGAAGUCCCUGCUGUCCGAGUAUGCCUACAUUACAGAAUACACCUCCCGUGCCGGUGAACAGGUGCUGCUUAAUGAUCGCUACACUGACCCGCUGAUUAUUCAGAAACACAGAGAAAAGAAAGAGCGAGAGACGGAGAUGCGCUCUAGAGGGGAAAGAUUCUUUAACACCAGAGAAACCAACCAGAGAAACCAAAACAUCAGGCUUGAUCAGCUUUUCGGCCCAGAGAAUGGCUCCAAAAAAGUGCCUCGAAAAGCUGUAAUUCUCCAAGGUGAUUCUGGAAGUGGGAAAUCAGUCACUGCGCAAAAGAUCGUUCUGAACUGGGCCUCUGGAGAGCUCUACGCUGGAUUCUUUGAUGUAGCAUUUCAUCUUAGAUGCAAAGAGCUCAACGGUCUCUCUGCUGAGAUGAGCCUGCUGGAUCUCCUAGACUGUAGUUUAACUCCAAAUGAGAUUGGUCAGAUCUUAAAAGACAUACCACAGAGGAUCUUGUUCAUCAUUGAUGGUUUUGAUGAACUCAUGCUUUCUGGAACCAAAGAGUCGCUGCCUCCAAAACCAGACAUCAAAUCCCAUUCACAGGCCAUUGUUUGCUCUCUUCUGAAAGGACGUAUGAUGAGAGAGUCCUUCCUGCUGGUUACUACGAGAUCCACCGCUGUAGACAAACUGGAGAACGUUCUGAAAAAGCCACAGUGCUUUGUGGAGAUCAUGGGAUUUUCCGAGAAAGGAGUGAGUGAAUACUUCCGAAAGUUCUUUGAGGACGAAGAGUUUUCAAGUCAAGUGUACGAGCAGGUGAAGAUACACGAGAUGCUCUACACGGCUUGCUUCAUCCCUGUCAUCUGCUGGAUUAUCUGCACAAUUUUCAAGAGAAAAGGGAAGGAUGGUGUUGUAACUAGCGAGUUGACGACAACCACGUCCAUAUUUGUUGAUUUUGUGCUCACACUCUUGAAACAUCACAGUAGUUUGAAUCAGCAUGACGAGCUCAACCUCCUCAAGGACCUGGGUCAGCUAGCAGAGAGUGGAACACCAAAACGCCAAGUCCUUUUUUCCAGAAACAAUCUUCCAAAGGCAAUCUCAGAUUUACCAAAUAUUCCCUUCCUGUGCACAUUUCACCAGCAAGAGAGAACUUAUCUGAAGGAGAUGUUUGGGUUCUUGCACCUCAGCUUUCAGGAGUUCUUCACCGCUCUCUUCUACAUGUUAACUGACAAGGCAGAGGCGAAAAUAAAAGUCAAGCAGCUACUAGAAUCAGCAGGCAAUGGGAGGCGCAAUGAGCAUCUCUUACCUGUAAUCCGGUUCCUUUUUGGUCUCUCGAACAAGAAAGUGAGCCGUUUAAUCCCAGGAGAACAUCCAAAGUCGACAUCUACCGUUAUUCGCGCACUGCUGGAGAAAUGGAUCAGCAAAGUUAUAGAGAAGAACAUCAUGGAUACAUUUUACAUGAGUGAUUUCAUUCUCCAUUGUCUGUAUGAGCUUCAAGAUAGGGAAAUACUGAAGAACGUCAUGAAGCUGUGGGAACGCUCAGGUAUUAACAUCCACUGGUCUUUGAAGGGGGUCGAUUGUCAGGUUGUGAUGUACUGUCUCCAGUAUUCCUCACGCAUUAUGAGUAUGAAAGUCAAAAGCAAUGCUAAAGAUCUAAAGAUGCUUCACCCUGUGCUUUGUAGGUGUACAACUCUAUGGUUGGGUUUUGAUUCAAUAUCUGACGCUAAUGUUGACCUCCUGACAUCAGCCCUGGGGAGAAGAAAGAACGUGGGCUAUUUGACUAUGGAGGAUGGAGCCCUGUCAGAUGAAAGUGUGCAGAAGAUCCUGAAAACCCUCAGUGGACAAACAUCAGUGGGUAACAUUCGGCUGGUGGUGAGGAGCAUCAGCAACGCCAAUGUCGAUUUAACCAUGAACUUUCUUGUAAAAGAGAAGAUGGGAAGAAGGUUCAGUGUAUGUAUUGCCAGUCAAGCAGAAAACAUAGACAAGAGUCUUUGCUCAGAGUUCACUAUUGCAAGCAAAAACGAUUCCUUCUGGUUUACUGUUGGGCACUCAGAAGGGCAUCAGGGUGAAAUCUCAGAAAAACUUGGUCUUUGUUAUUAUCAGGGUUUUUCAAAAAUAUCCUUUGGUCUUUGUCCUUUCUCUGCAAUAUCCAUGACUGAUUUACUCAAGACAUCACAUAACCUCAGGAGCUUCUCAGACAUGAAAAACACUGAGUUUGAUAUGAAUGUGGAUGCACUGCUGUCUUUCCUAAGUUGUGUUCCUGGUUUAACUGAGGUGGACAUACAAGCUGAGUACCUCACAGAUAUUUGGACUUCUAAAAUUCUGUCCUACCUUCAAGUCAAUCCAAAGAUUUCUCACAUAAAGCUUCAUUUGAGCAAUCUCAUGAUUCGUGAUGAGGAAAGGGUCUGUUCAACAUUUUCAGUCUCUAGAAAGCCAUUUGAAGAGUACAAGAUGCACGUCAGUGAAAGGAAAAAUCCAUCAUUGAGUCUUGUAAUGGACAGAUGGGCUUAUGAUAUAGCAUCUGGUAGCAAUGGAGAGUUGGUACAUUCAUAUCGACUGGACAAACCGGCACUGGUGAAGCUCAGCCUCAGUUUCCCUCCUCUUGAAGGGUCUAGUGCCAGUUGGGAGGUUCUUUUCAAAAGGCUUUACCAACUCAUUCAAUUGACAGAACAAUGCCCAGAGUUGGAUGAGCAUAUGGAUUCUCUGCUGCUGUUCCUUCAUUCUGUUCCCGGUCUGAAGGAAGUAAAAGUUUGGCUAAACAACCUGAUUGAGAGCUGGGCGGCUGGUCUGUUCACCCUCUUCCUGUCUUGUUCCAGCUUACUUCACUUGCAACUGAAUACCGAUAUGUCUGCUGUUAGUGAUGUGGAGAGUCUGGGUAUAAUGAGAGCUGAUGGAGUGAGGUAA